AUGUUGCAGAUGGAAGCAGUGAUAAGGAGCACAACGGCCAGAAGGAAGAAGACAUCGAUGCUGAGCAGCCCCUCCCAGAUGCAGAAUAUGUUCCUGUUGGUGCUGGCGAAGCUGUCAUUUGUCGGAGGAACUGGAAGAGGAUCUUCAACCAGUCCAUUGCGAGAUUUGCCUGUGGAUCUGCCAAGCCGAUUGAGUCCAGGCCUAUGUCUUGACGGAGCCGUGGCAUGUGGCCCUUUCGGCGCCGCUCUGUGGGCACUGUCAGGAUGGCAUAAAACCAUGUGCACUUCUCCCAAUGAUGGUGAAGCCCGCGGUGAUGGUCCAAUUGGCUGCUGUUGCGCUUGCGCGUCGCGAUGUAUGGUCGGCCAUCCCGCCACAACUCACGAUCGAAUGUUGCUUCGUGCGCUUGCCUGCAAACAAGGCUUUGCCUUUGCAGUCGUUUGCUUUGAAGUGAGAGUGAGUGGAACCCUAGUUUUUUUUCCUAAGGGGCAACUCCUUUCCUCCUUCCUUGGAGUAGUGAAGGACUAA